UCCCAGCUGUUUCUACCUGCAGACCCGGAGCCACAAGGAGCCACAAGGAGCCAGAUCUCAGAACUGACACAGGCUCUCCCAACAGGCUGAACAAGUAGAAAUAUAUUUGACUCUAAGGACUGUCCCGGCGAGCAGAGAUGGUUUGCGGCGGAUUCGUUUGCACCAAGAACGCACUCAGCGCUCUCAAUAUACUUUAUGUUUUGGUGAGCCUGCUGCUGAUUGGAGUGGCAGCUUGGGGGAAAUGGUUCGGCCUGGUCUCCAGCAUCAGAGUGGUGGCAGGGGUCAUCGGCGUGGGCACAUUCCUGUUGGUGGUUGCCUUUGUGGGGCUGUGUGGCGCUCUGAAGCACCACCAGGUCCUGCUCUUCUUCUACAUGAUGAUCCUGUUCCUAGUGUUUGUCAUGCAGUUUUCUGUGUCCUGUGCUUGUCUGGCCCUCAAUAAAGACCAACAGAACCAUCUGCUGGAGGUUGGAUGGAACAAAUCUGAAGAAACUCAAAAGGACGUAGAGAAAACACUCGACUGCUGUGGCUUCCAUUACGUUAACUACAAUGGCUCAUGUACCGCUAGCUGCUUUCACAACACCCCUUCACCGUCUUGUAACACAUGCUCAGACAUCAUCCAGCAGUAUGCUGGAGAGGUGCUGCAGUUUGUAGGUGGUAUCGGACUCUUCUUCAGCUUUACAGAGAUCCUUGGAGUUUGGCUCGCCCAUAGAUACAGAAACCUCAAAGAUCCUCGUUCAAAUCCUGGAGCCUUUCUUUAACCACUCAUGAUUAAAUAAACCAAAAGAAUGCACUAGUGAAUAACUGUAUUUCCUUUUAACUUUGUAAAUCACACUUCUACUUAUAUACUUACUAGUGUGACAGUAACACAAGGAGUCUUGCAGUCAGGAAACUUCCUCAGUAAUGUCGUCUACACAGCUUUUAUCUAAAGUUUGCACACAACCAACAUUAGACACUGAGUGUAUUGAAUCUAGCAUUGCUUAUGUGUUAUUUAAUCUAUCAAAAGUCACUUUGAUACUUGCUGCUCAAUUAUUCAUUGAAAUUAUGAAAUGUUCAAUGCUGUGAACAAAAAUUGUGUUUCUUUGAAAGAAAUAGUUUGACAUUUAGGGAAAUGAGCUUCACUUUCUUGUUGAUACCACUCUUAUGUCUGUACGGUAAAUUUAAUGCUGCAGUCGGUUAGCAUAGCUUAAAGACUGGAAGCAGGGGGAACAGAUGGCCUGGCUCUGUCUAAAGAUAACAAAAUCAACCAUCACUAAUUAAAAUGUUAUAUCUUGUUUGCUUAACCUGUAAAAAAAAACAUGUUUUUUAGGUUUAGGCCUAGUGACUUCCUGGAGACGACCUAUAACAUGUUGAUUAGUGCUUUAGAGGUUCUGGUAGGUGGAUUUUAACACCUUUGGACAGAGCAUCGAUAGCCGAUACCCCCCCAACUUCCAGUCUUAAUGCUAAGCUAAGUGACUCCUGGCGUUUGCUUCGUAUUUACCAUACAGACAUGAGUGGUAUCAAUCUUCUCGGAUAUUUCUUGGCAAGAAAGCAAAUCAUUCCCAAAAUGUCAAACUACUCCUAAACCUGUAAGUCUCACCUCUUUAAUUCUUUAAUCAGUCUCAUAGUGACUGUGCAGCAGCUGUGUGUGCUCGCCAUACACACCUUAUGCAAAUAAAGUGCAGGUUAGCACCCUGAUGGAUGGAUGACUGUACUCACCACUCCCAGACUAACUAUUCAUGGGUGACCACACACAUAAGUGUGUUUUGCAGACAGUGGAUUUAGGUGUUGGAUGUCAUUAUAGCAGGAAAAGAUUAAGAUCAAACUGGUAGCAGACAUACUGUUAUCAAAACAGGUUUGUUUUUGUUUUUUAAUGUGUAUUUAGUGCUUUUUGUUUUUGAUUUAAAACGCAUCUGAACAUUAUGAAUUCAUACUAAGUCACAUUGUCUGUGUCUGUAGUCAUUUUCCCUAAUUGUCCAAAAUAAACACGCACAGUUGCAGUGCAUGUACGGAAAA